CGAUUGCAUUGACCACUCGCACUCGCCCUCGAGUGCUUCAGUCUCACGUCAACUGGCCGUCGACGAACCUCGGGGCACCAGCUAUCCUCCAGCUCCUGAUUAUGGACUGGCUAGUCUCGCUUUCUCUGGCGCGGGUCACCGCCACCUCGGCCGUGUUAGGUGUUGUUAUCGUCAUCCUCACGAUUUUGAAGGGACUGUUUCCGUAUCGGGAGGAGAUUUGGCAAUUUUUGGAGGACAGAGGAACGUUUCUGAAGUUCGCCGAGACCCUUCCUGGCCCUAGGACACUACCGAUCAUCGGAAAUGCCCUCGCGAUCCGCGACGGAGACAGGGCUAUUUUUACUCUUUCGAAAAUUAGUCGGGAAAUGAAUGGGGUGACAUUCCGAUUUUGGGUGGGACCGCUCCUGAAAGUCGUUGUUCCUGAUCCUGAGGAUAUACAGAUUCUCAUAACAUCCUCGAAAGCUGCUAAUAAGGAUGACAUCUACAAAUUGAUGGAACCUGGUAUCGUCGGGGCUCUCAUAAAUGCUAAUGGUGCUGUUUAUAAAGCUCAUAAAAAAUUGAUACAGCCCAUGCUCAAUGGCAGCCUAGUAAUAGACAGAUUUGCAAAAUUAUUUAAUCAGAAGUCUCAGGCACUAGUUAGAGAACUUGAAGGGAAAGUUGGAGCUGGUGAAUUCGAUGCUCUGGAUUUUCUUCCCUUCUGCAUCGGCGAUAUCACAUUUGAAACAUUACUGGGGCGCUCGGCACUUCUUGAUAAUGGAGAAGUAACGCCAUUUCUCAGAGAAACCCAAACAGCUUUACAUGCCACUACUCACCGAAUGGCGAGGCCAUGGCUCUACCCGUACUCCAUUUUUCGCCUCACCAAAUUAGGGCGGGAAUACGAAGAAAUUAUAAAAAGAGCUCACGAUUUCAUGGACAGUUAUAUUUCUGAUGCAGUAAAGGCCUACAAACCUGCAAAGCCGGAAGAUCUAGCUAAUCUACCUACAUUACAUUUUCUCGUUGAUCACAUGAUGAAAACUAAAGAAAUAACACCGGAGAACAUUCGAGCCCAAUUAAUCAAUCUUUUCCUUGGAAUAUUCGAGACUCUUGAAGGCGUUGCAUGUCUCACACUGUUGAUGAUAGCUAUGCAUCCCGAUGUUCAAACAAAAGCGAGACAAGAAGUGCUCACUGUGAUGAAAAAUGACUCCAUGAACGAAGGGGAAACGAAACAAUUACUUUACCUCGACAUGGUAAUCCGCGAGGCGAUCAGGCUCUUCCCCGUGGGUCCCAUUUUGCCCCGGAAAACUACCGCCGAGAUAAAACUGAGUACCUGCACGCUUCCAAAAAACUGCUCCAUAAUGAUGCUCCCCUUCGCAGCCCAUCGAGACCCAAAACACUGGGACAAACCCGAUAAAUUCAUCCCCGAGCGUUUCACCCCGGAAAAUUCGAAGGAUCGUCAUCCCUUCGCGUACGUUCCAUUCAGCGGAGGUCCAAGGAGUUGUGUGGGUCCUCGAUAUGCCAUGGUCCUGCUUAAAAUCAUGUUCUCACAUCUCCUUCGAUCUUACGAAUUCACAACAAAAAUGAAACUCGAGAAUCUGCGGUUGUUCACACACGUGUCAACUCGCUGUCUCGAUGGACAUAAAAUUUAUAUCGAAAAAAUCAAGUCCUGAGAUUAUAAACAAUUCUAAUACUUUUUAGAUGACGUAUUUGAAUAAAAUUUGUUUGUUAUUGAGA